AUGGCUUUGUCGUUCAUUUUGGGGUUUGCAGCCGCGGCCAUCGUAUUGCAGGUCAUUCGCAUGACAAUCAACUCGUGGCAACAUUCACGGAAUGCUACAAAGCUAGGCUGCGGGGGUGUGCCAGCGUAUCCGUGCAAGGAUCCUUUUGGAAUUGAUACCCUGAAGCAGGGCCUGGCGGCAGACAAGGUCAAGUUGAUACCAGAGCUUGCUGAGAGGCGGAACAGAGUUAUCAGCGAACAGGAGAACCGCUAUGUCACUACAUUCUCCUUACUCAACCUCGGUCGCACCCACAUAUCUACCAUCGAUCCUAAGAAUAUCCAAGCCAUCCUAGCUACUCAAUUCAAGGAUUUUGAGCUCGGUGCUGCUCGUCGAUCUGCUUUACAUCCACUGCUGGGCACUGGUGUCUUCACCGCCGAUGGAGAGGAAUGGUCUAGAUCUCGGGGUCUGCUUCGGCCUCAGUUCACUCGCGAGCAGAUCAGUCAACUGGAUUUGGAAGAAAAGCACGUGCAAAAGGCUAUGCAAGCUUUGCCCGUCGCGGCCAAUAAAUGGACCGCCACCACCGACAUUCAGAGCAUCUUCUUCCGAUUGACAAUCGACUCCGCUACAGAAUUUCUCUUUGGCGAAAGCGCAGAGAGUCAACUUGGCGCACUGCAAGGCUUGACCAGGCCCGAAGACUCCUUCGCCAACUACUUCGACAAGUCCCAAUGGGUCUGCGCCCAGCGAGGCCGUUUCGAGAGCCUCCGCUUCCUGGCUGAAAAUAAGGAAACCAAAUUCUCCGACAAGCAAGUGCAAGCCUAUGUUGACAAGGUCGUCUCAAACGCUCUCGCAGCCUCCCAAAACGAAAAGACAGCCUCAAGCGAUGAAAAGUCCAACUACGUAUUCCUGCAAGCCCUCCUCGAAGUAACCCGCGACCCUGUCGAGCUACGCUCCCAACUCCUCAACAUCCUCCUUGCCGGCCGCGAUACCACUGCCUCCCUCCUCAGCUGGACAUUCCUCAUGCUCGCACGUCACCCCGCAGUCUUUGCCAAACUCCGCGAAUCCAUCAUCUCCUCAUUCGGCACCUAUUCCAACCCCAAGAACAUUUCCUUCGCCAACCUCAAGUCCUGCCAGUACCUACAGUACGUGAUGAACGAAGCGCUACGUCUAUACCCAGUAGUCCCUUUCAACCGCCGCACAGCAGUCCAAAACACGACCAUCCCACGCGGCGGCGGCCCAGACGGCCAAGACCCCGUCUAUGUCCGCAAGGGCCAGUCCGUCACUUACAGCACCCAUGUCAUGCACCGCCGCAAGGACCUGUGGGGCCCUGACGCAGACGACUUCAAGCCCGAUCGCUGGACAAACCGCAAGCCUGGCUGGGAAUAUGUUCCGUUUAACGGCGGACCUCGGAUCUGCAUCGGGCAGCAGUUUGCAUUGACGGAGGCUGGAUAUGUGAUUGUGAGACUUUUGCAGCGCUUUGAUCAGAUUGAGGAUGUUUAUCCUGACCGGAAGAUUCGCUGGGCUGUUACUUUGACUAGUGCGCCUGCUGAUUUGGUUACUGUGCGUUUGCACCAGGCUGAGGAUGCUUAA